GCGCUGCGGGGCCGAGCUCCGGAGCCCAGUUCCGCGUGCAGCUCGUCCUGACCCGGACGCUGCGCGGGGGCCGCGCGCCGUGAGCAACGCGGAGACCCGUGGGGCCAUUCGGAUGCGGACGCGCAACUUGGAGCAACUUUAAGAUCCGAGCAGCCUGCCGCCGGCCCGCGCGGACUCCGAGUUUGAAAGGGGCGAAGCCGAAGAUGCCUCGGCCGGGCCGCAACACGUAUAGCGACCAGAAACCGCCCUACUCGUACAUCUCGCUGACCGCCAUGGCCAUCCAGAGCUCGCCGGAGAAGAUGCUGCCGCUGAGCGAGAUCUACAAGUUCAUCAUGGACCGCUUCCCCUACUACCGGGAGAACACGCAGCGCUGGCAGAACAGCCUGCGCCACAACCUCUCUUUCAACGACUGCUUCAUCAAGAUCCCGCGGCGGCCGGACCAGCCCGGCAAGGGCAGCUUCUGGGCGCUGCACCCCAGCUGCGGGGACAUGUUCGAGAACGGCAGCUUCCUGCGGCGCCGCAAGCGCUUCAAGGUGCUCAAGUCGGACCACCUGGCGCCCAGCAAGCCGGCGGACGCGGCGCAGUACCUGCAGCAGCAGGCCAAGCUGCGGCUCAGCGCGCUGGCCGCCUCGGGCACGCACCUGCCGCAGAUGCCCACGGCCGCCUACAACCUGGGCGGUGUGGCGCAGCCCUCGGGCUUCAAGCACCCGUUCGCCAUCGAGAACAUCAUCGCGCGGGAGUACAAGAUGCCCGGGGGCCUGGCCUUCUCCGCCAUGCAGCCGGUGCCCGCGGCCUACUCGCUCCCCAAUCAGCUGACGAGCAUGGGCAGCUCGCUGGGCGCUGGCUGGCCGCACGUGUACGGCUCCGCGGGUGUGAUCGACUCUGCCGCCCCGAUCUCCAUGACGAGUGCCGACUACAGCGCCUACGGGGUGCCGCUGAAGCCGCUGUGCCACGCGGCGGGCCAGACGCUGCCCGCCAUCCCCGUGCCCAUCAAGCCCGCGCCGGCUACGGUGCCCGCGCUGCCUGCGCUGCCCGCGCCCAUCCCCACGCUGCUCUCGAACUCGCCACCUUCGCUCAGCCCCACGUCCUCGCAGACGGCCACCAGCCAAAGCAGCCCCGCCACGCCCAGCGAGACGCUCACCAGCCCGGCCUCCGCCCUGCUGUCCGUGGCGGUUCACUGACCCGCGGGAGCUGCGCCCCUGUCCCCGCCCGCAUCCGCUCCCGGCCACCCCAGCGCGCACGGCUCCCCGCCACCUCGGCCGCAGCCCGACUGGGCAGUCAGCCUCCGGCCCACACCCUCUCUCCCAGAACUUCGUGUUUGGUGGUGUUUUGUUUUGGACCCAGGGAGACAAAGUUCAGAUUUGCCCGAGGCUCACGGGAGUCCCCUUGGCCCUUACGGCCCCGCAAGCAAGGGCGACCUGAGCGCGCCGCGCUCCCGCCGGACUUGGGGGAACCCGGCCCGGCGCCGCAGCAGCCCUGGAGAAAUCUACCCGGGGGUCCCCGGAACCGCUCCCCGAGGUCUGGGAGUCUGCGGGGAGAGCAGCGCGCCUUCCCAGAGCUCGCCUCCGCCCCAGCGGCUUCCCCACGGCUGCGCCCCAGCUCCCGGGAUCCCGGACCAGAUCUUUUUUGUUGUUUUGUUUUGGGUUUUGUUUUCUGCCUUAGGCUGCGAGCACUGGAGUUAGGAGGGAGGCUGCUAACCUGAGAAAGGGACCUUUGUUGUCCUCAGGAGCAAGAUAAAACUAAAAGUAACCUUAUUGUUUACAAAGCGCCCGGUAAGACACAAACAGUGAACAGUGAACUUGACUCUGGCCUGGUAGGCGGGCGGGCGAGUGGGCAGAGCCCACUUCACAAGCACCUGUGGUAAUAAUGUGAAUGUUUACUCCUGCUUCCCGGCCAGGUCGAAGAGGGAAGGGGAAAUGGAAACGUUAAUUGGGGUGUCCACUUCCUUAUUACUUAGAGACUUGCUUAGCUAUUUAUUUUAUGGAUUAAAGAAAAAAGGAAGGAAGGAAGGAAAGAAGGAGCCGAAGAAAGAUGAAAUAACCCAAACCAAGAAAGUACCAAGGGCCAGCCUGACGAGCUGAGAGAAGUCGACUGAUAGAGCAAGAGGUGUCCACAGCAGCUUUCCCCUGGACAAGGCUUUCUGUUGCAAAGAACUUUUCUGUAAAGUAAAAGGGCUGGAAAGAGAUGUAAAUAGUUGUGCAUAGGAAUGGCUGUACACCGUGUAAAAUGCACUUUUGUUGGCUCUGUUCCUUUAGACUCUUAGGUAAUUUGCUGGAAAACCAACUAUUGUUCUGAUGUGACCUGCUUAAGUUAAAAAAAAAAUUGUAGUUACCAUCAGAGCUGUAAAGUUUUACCUUUCAUUUUUCUUCCUCCCUGUACAGAAUUAGCAUGGCGUUUUAAAUAUUGAUGUUCUUGUUCCCAGCAUGCCUGUUUCAAGACAAAGAAUUUUAAAAAGGUGUCUACAUUAAAUUAUGACCUAGUCUAAAUAAUAUUUUCUCAUUAAAAUAUGUAAAUUCAAAUUUUAGUUUUGUGUGUUUUUGAAGAGUUUGCUGCAGAGAACAGCUUUACAAGAGAAGGAUGGAGUGCUUCCCUACGUGUGCUUUCUGCAACAAGAGUACUUUCCUGUUUUAUAUUGUGAAGAGUCUGACCUCCUUGUAGAAUGUGAAAGGAAUUAUUCAAAUGGACGCUUGAACAUUUCUGUGUAUAGGGAAAGAGGAAGCGAAGUAUUUCUAUUAUAAACCAGAUGCACAGGUGUAGUGCUUAAAAUGUUACUGAAAAAAUAUAGUACUUUAUAUGUAUUUUUGUCUAUCUUAAAAUAUACAUAUUAUGAAAUAUGUAGCACUUAUAUAAUUAUAAGGUUUGUGUAGAAAUCAGGUAGAGGGAGAUUUAAAAAGUAAAACCAGACUUGCUUACUCAAUACUUAUAUUCUGAUGCAUCUUAUUUGGAGGGAAAAUUCAUUUUCUUGGUCCUUGAAAUUAUUGCAAUUGUGGAAAUUUUUCAACAAACUACCUACUGGUUUACUUUACAUGCCAAGAAACCUGCUCACUUUGAACGGGAUUGAUUUCUUCCACUCCUACAUGUGUGAAAAUAAUAUUUAUUCUGGAGCCUCAAAUGAAGUUUGUUUAAAUGCCUGCUGUAAGUUCUUGCUUCUCUUCAGAUUUUUUUUUCUUUUUGCAGAGAAUUAAACUUUGCCAAGAAUUUACA